AUGGUGAUGGCAGAGUCGCUAGUGUCCAUAGCUGCACAACGAGGACAUUUGGAGAUUGUGCGGUGGAUUGUCGAGUGGACACUGCAGAAUCACAGGACAAUCGAUCACGGGAUAUUAGUUCUUACAGUUGUGACGCGAUCGAUCCACACUGCAGCUAUACACGGCCAUUUAGAGGUAGCCAAGUAUCUUCGUGCAACCGCCAGUAGCUCCGUCUGUGAUGGAUACACUGCACAUUUCACUGGAGACAAUCUAGAACGUCUGCAAAGGGUGGGUGUGGAAGCGAGUCCAGAAGCUCAGAGAGUCUCUGGGAAGACGUUGGUUCUAGCUGCGAAGAAAGGCUUUAUCGAUGUCGUACAGUGGCUGUACACAGAAUACGGGGAGGACUUUCAGACGGACCUUUUCAACGCCGGACAGCAUCGAAUUCCGCUUGAUACCAUUGCGAUGGAUACUGCUGCUAAGUAUGACCACUUGGAUGUACUCAAGUACUUUCAUGAACUCCAACUAUCGGGAGAAACUCGGUUGCAAUGCACGGAAAACGCUAUGGAUGGUGCUGCGCAGAAUGGACACUUGAGUGUGGUGCAGUAUCUUCACCAUAACAGAGCAGAGGGCUGCACUACUGCAGCGAUGGAUCAAGCUGCAGCUCAUGGCUACUUAGAUGUGGUCAAGUGGCUACAUCAGUAUCGAACAGAAGACUGCACACGAGCUGCUAUGGAUGGAGCAGCUCUACCCGGACAUCUCGAGGUAGUACAAUGGCUGCACGAGAACCGAGCAGAAGGGUGUUCUACGAGAGCUAUGGACAACGCAGCCACGACCGGACACCUCGAUAUGGCUAAAUGGCUACACCUGAAUCGAAUAAAGAUGGUUCGAGUGUAUUUAUUUGCGAUUACAAUGCUCGAAAAAGAGAGUAUACAUUUCUUUUUAUUUUACUAG